GGCAGCAGAUCACAUAUCAAAACACUGCUACACUUUGGUAUGUAAAUAGCGCAAAAAUAUCUUUCAAGUGGCGGUUUCUGUGGCAACCGAUAUGGAUUUGGUGAUCUAAAAUAUUAUGUUGCUUUGAAUACCCUGAGAGAUUUCCAGCGAUCGAGAUUCCUGAGUGUCGAGUGCAAGGAAGGACCGAAAUGGGGAAAUUACGAGGCUUCUUCAUCGAGUUCUCCAACGAUCGCGAUGUGUACGACGCCGGGGAUACCAUAUCUGGCAACGUCGUUAUUGACCUCACCGAAGAUAAAAUGUUAAGAGGUAUAUCAAUGCACAUUCUUGGAAAAGCAGAUGUGCAUUGGACAGAAGAGGAAAACCGUGGGAAACAAAAGAUCGUGUUAUAUUAUUCCUCGUUUGAGACUUACGUCGAUGAGCGUAAAGUUGUGUGGGGAGAAGAUGUCCGGAGUGACCCGACGUCAGCCGAUGUUAUGCUAAGAUUACCGACAGGAGUGCACCGAUUUCCUUUCUCGUUCACACUGCCCGCAAAACCACUUCCUUGUUCUUUUGAAGGAGAGCUUGGAAAUAUCCGAUAUUAUUGCAAAGCUGUCAUGGAAAGGCCUUGGAAAUUUAGUCACACGACUAAGAAAAUAUUUACUGUAACUGGUGUGCCAUACGACCUAAAUAAAGAACACCAUGCACUUACUCCGAUUCGCGCCGAGGACCAAAAAACCGUAUGUUGCUUGUGUUGUGCAACAGGACCAAUCUCAUUGAGUGUAAAUACUGACAGAAAAGCCUACGUCCCCGGUGAAAAUGUGUCCAUAUCGGCGCUCCUGGAAAACAAAAGUCACAGACGAAUUCACGACACACAAGCUGAACUAAUACAGUCUGUGACGUACAUCGCAUAUCGCGGCGGCCACUAUGGAGUACGCCACUGUCGUACGCUUUCACAUGUUGUGACGUCGAUAAAGAGCGCAGGCUGCGAUGGGCAUGGCACUAUAGAAUGGAACAAUAAGAAAUUAAAGAUACCCCCUAUCCCACCGACUGGAUUACAUGGUUGUUACUUUAUAAAUGCCAAUUACUGUAUCAAGUUCACAGCUGACGUGGUCGCUACGCCGUUCGACAUGGAUUUAAUGUUAAACAUCGUAAUCGGGACGGUACCAUUGCACUGUCUCUAUCAGAAGUCACACGCAGCGGAGGCAUUCCCACGAAAAGAUUCACUACCGGUUCCUUUAUAUAAACAUGUAUUCAGUGGUUCGUCAGAAAUACACGAAAAGGAUGAAGACGAGUACAUGUUCGGGGAUAAAUAUUACUCACCAGUUUACACUUAUUAUAAUUGGCCGAUUGACAAAUGAGACAACACGUCGUCACACUCUCCUAUUCCACGUGAUUUGGUGUUUCUUUUUACCCCUCUACCCAGAAAAGUCGCAUUCAUUACGCAUGCACUGCUUCACCGGAAACGAGGAGCACUGUGGGGGAAGAUAGAAGAAUGGCAGCCAUUUUUUUUGAAUUACUGGAGGAAACGAAAGACAUAAUUCGUGUAUCAUUCACAGGACUUGUGCUCUGCCACAAGGAAUUGUGGGAAACAUUUAUGUGCCUGUUUUACCAAUAACUGUACGAUUACAGGUGGCGUGUUGUUCAGCGCUAAAUUCCACGCGUUUCCAAUGCUGGAAGCCAGUGUCACAGUCAUCGUGGAUACUUUUCACUCUGCCGCAAGGAAUGCCGGGAAUAAUCUCAUAAUCUCUGGCUGUGCACACUGCAAAAAUCGAAUCUCACAGACUAACCUUGCUAUUUCAUGUGUCUUAUGCACUCACCACUUUAAUUAUUUCCUUCAAAUUCUAUAUGGUUUAGUGCACCAGUAUGUACC